UGUUUCAUGUUGCAAGGAGAAAGCGAAAUCAGUGCUAUGUGAGAUAGUGAAUGAACGACAUUAUUGUUCUGAAAGUGAAAUCACUCGGAUUACAAGAGUUCAAUUUUAUUCCGUAUACUUCAAUUUUUGAAGUUUCCAUCAAGCUUCGUACCGUCCACACGAAUUUUCAGCAAUUUUCCUGAUUUUUAUUCUAAAACCAACUUGAAUCGUUUAUCAAUCGAAUAUUAUCGUGCAAAAUGAGUAUUGAUCAGAAAUUUUCCUCCUUUCCUGAACCGAUUGUUCCCCAGGAUGCUAUUCAAUACAAACAACCGCCGUCUUAUUCGAGAGAUUACGAGUCUGUGAAUCCAAUCGUAUCUCAACCACUAUCAGGUGGUCAAGCUCCAGUUUCUUGGAUAAAAACCUCAAAUGUAAUGCCAAUCUGUCCACCUGGGUUGGAAUACCUGACUGCCGUCGAUCAAUUACUGAUUAAGCAAAAAGUUGAACUUUUGGAAGCAUUUACCGGCUUCGAAACAAACAACAAAUUUGUUAUCAAAAAUGCAAUGGGACAGAAUGUAUUCUAUGCUGUUGAAGACAAUGAUUGCUGCAAUCGUAACUGUUGUGGCCCAAAUCGUUCAUUUGAUUUUAAAAUUUUCGAUGCAUCCCAAAGAGAAGUGUUGCAUUUCUCUCGGCAAAAUUGUAAUGCUGCGGUUGCUUGUUGCUGUACUCCUUGCUGUCCCGAUUCAAUUGAAGUAUCAUCACCACCCGGAAAUUUAAUUGGACGUGUUGACCAAGAAUUUUCAUUUUGCUAUCCACGAUUUUCGAUUAAAAAUCAAAAUGGCGAAGUGGCGCUUCGUAUUGAAGGGCCAUUAGUCACAAUGUCUUGCUGUUGUAAUGAUGUCGUAUUUCAUGUUGUUACACCAGACGGUACUCAAGUUGGUAAAAUAACCAAACAAUGGUCAGGAUUUGUACGCGAAUCAUUCACCGACGCCGACAACUUCUGCGUCAGCUUCCCAUUGGAUUUGGAUGUUCGCAUGAAAGCAGUGUUAUUGGGGGCUACAGUUUUAAUGGAUAUGAAGUACUUUGAACACAAUGAAGGCCUCUUGGAAAAAUUGUAAACCAGCAAACCAAGACCUGUAGUAUUAUAUUAUCAACUUUUACGAUCACAUUCAUCAUCAACAUACGCAUUUGAAAUUUAACGCUAAAUAUCAAAAAUACACAUCUACACAAUUAAUUCAUUGAUACGAGAUAUUCGACUUUACAUCCGAUAUGGAAACGAUCACAACGUCCAACGUAGACACAGUCACAGAAUAUUUUUUCACAGAGCAUAUUUCUUCUUAUUUAACUAAGAACGUUUUCUUCAGGCUAACGAAUUGGAUUUGAAGUCUCCAAUUUUAUUAUAACACCAUAUGUAUUUAUACUCGUAUUGAAUUAAUAAGAAAAUGUCGAAUGACAAUAAAAAAUACUGAAUGAAUGUUUUUCUUAAAGUCUCUCAUAGAUAUGUCAAUUGAAUUUUCCAAAUGUAUUCAAAUAAUGGAACAAUUUUGAAUAAAUGUUUUUGGUGUAAAUCGA